UGGUGGGCGUGUAUGCUUGGGCCUAAACUGGGUCACAGGACUAGGGAAUGGCCAGUAGCCGUCCACACUCGUCAAGGGAGCGCCCUGCCUUCCCUGGGCCCACGGGGUGGACUCCCAGGCGGCCGGAUCUGACCCCGGAGCCACAGAGCUGACCGCGUGGCCUCACUCCCCGUGUCCAGGGCCAGGCACCACGGAAACGAUGAUUCUCUUUGCUCUGCUCCUGGUCACGGGCCUGCCGCGGGUGGAGACAAACGUCACCGUGUCUGGAAAACAAGCUGCAACCCUGAAGUGUCACGUCUGCGAGAUAGAGAAUAGUUUCGGUUGCACAAAUCCAUCCAACUGUCCUAGGGAUUUUCACUUUCGUACUUCCGUUGCCGUGAGAAUCUAUCCGCGUUUCUUCUAUGUUUCGAAGCAGUGCUCCAGGUAUUGUCCAGUAAGUGCUCCGUUUGCUCCGGGACUCAAGUCCUUUGUCCUCGUCGAGCCUAUGCCCUUCCUGUACGCGCACUGCUGUUCGGGGUUCUUGUGCAAUACGCAGGAGCCGAACAUCCGCGAGCCGGAAUUCAGAGAAGGCGGACGAGCAAGCCGCUUGAGGAGCAGCGGGGCCUGGCUGGCCGCCUUCCUGACUCUGUCCUCUGUGUGAGGGGCCUCGGGCGGUGCCUUGGGAGCGCGGCACGGAUGACCCGGACCCGCCGCAGGUGCUGGGAACCUCAGCAUUAAGCCUGUUUUCCGCUGGUUAA